CGUUCAAUUUCUGACGUUCAACAUGUAAACAAACAUACUCAGCAGCCAUUAUUUUUCACGAUCUUAGAAGAGUUCAACUGACACUUCCAGCUUUGAAACUUCACCUGAUAUAGCUAAGUUGUCUUGGUUACAGCCAAAAUGAAAGAUCCAAGUCGCAUCAACAACACCCCAAGCCUCAGCAGCAUAGAAUUGAUCCUACAUGGACAGUUCAUCAAUGAUGACAAUCCCUUUGCUGAAUACAUGUGGAUGGAGAACGAGGAGGAAUUCAACAGACAGAUUGAGGAGGAGCUGUGGGAGGCGGAGUUCAUUGAGCAGUGUUUCCAGGAGAUGUUGGAGGAAGAGGAGAAUGAAUGGUUCAUCCCAGCCAGAGAUCUCCCUCCAACCCUCGGUCAGCUCCAGGACCAACUAAACCUACUGGUCCUCAGUGACACAGGCAUCGUCGACGGCCUGGCGGUAAAUGUUUCAGAGUGGUUUUAUUUGUCCAGGUUUUAUGAAAGUUAAGUCUGUGGAAAGUAG